GGGGGGGGCGCGCUCUGGGGCACGGGGGCGCGCGAAGCGCUGUGCAGAUGUGUCGCAGAUUUUGUAAAGUCACUGGACGGAUGGAAGGAUCCAGUACCGGGAAGGCGCACCGCACAAACGGGCCUUUAAACUAUCCGGAAAACAGGGCGCGCGCGCGAGAAGACCGAGCCGAGGGAGUCCGUCAUCAGCGCUUCACGUUAGCUUAGUUUGGAGACGAGGAAAGCCAUAGUUUGACAGUUAAACGCCGACGGCGCGUGGCGUGCAGCGAUGGAGCUGUCAGCGAUCGGAGAGCAAGUCUUUGCCGUGGAGUCAGUGGUCAAGAAAAGAGUAAGAAAGGGGAAUGUGGAGUAUUUGUUGAAGUGGAAGGGGUGGCCUCCAAAAUACAGCACAUGGGAACCUGAGGAACACAUUCUGGACCGGCGCCUGGUACAGGCCUAUGAAGAGAAAGAGCAGAGAGUUCGAGCUUUGGGUCACAGAAGAAAAGGAUCCAAAACCAAAAGACUUCUCUUGGAGAAUACUGUCUACACCAUGGAUCUCCGCAGUGCUCACAAGACACCAGAGAAGGCUCCACCUCCCCUGCGUCUCUCUCUGACUCGUUCCCUGAUCCCUGAGGACGAAGACGACACAUACAGUGACUGCACACAGAUCCCCCGAUCACACGCGGCAUAUUGCAAAAGCAGACCCAGGACGUCACAGUUCAUGUGCCUUGACUCGAACCCUCCAAGUCCUACACAGGCGGAGUGGGAAGGCAGAGGAGAGGAUGGGGAGGAUGUCAUAGGCACUGAGGAGGACAUGGAAGAGGAAACAGCAGUGGGUAAAGAGACUAAAGAGAUGUCCAGGGGCAUUCUUAAUGAACAGGAGGAGACAGACAAGUGGAGCUCUGCUGUUGGACCCGACGAGAUCACCGCGUCAGAGAUGCCAAACAGUUCCUGGCGACCGAUCAUCGGUUCGGGAGAGGUGACAGUCACAGACAUCUCCCUCAACUCUCUCACAGUGACUUUCAGAGAGUCAAGAGUGGCCAAAGGCUUCUUCAGGGGCUUGGGCCUGGAGUCUUUACAUGCACAGACUCACCUGGAUGGAAGCUGAAGUCUGGAUAAAGGCUCAUUUAAAUACCUGUAACCUGUAGUUUUAUUUGAAUUUCUAAAAUAUGGACAGAUAUCCUAACUAAUGCUAACAUUAUAUCCUCAGAAAUGAAAAGUAACACAACAUUAGAACUCGGCUACUUUCGACAUUGAUGUGAGAACAAGAUACAUAGGUCUUCUGGAGUCUUCCGUGCAUGUAAACCUGGCUGGAUUUUGUUUAUUCCACACCACCUGAUCUUAUUAAUAAUGGACUCAACACACUGUACAUACUCCAAACUACAGUACAAUGGACUCAGCCGUCAGUUCCAUACUAACACGCCGUGCUGUAUCUGUAACUUGUAACACAUAGACUGUUAGUACUGUACAACAUGUGGCUUAGUCUUGUAUGCGUUUCAGAAUUCUCACAGAGGUGAGUUGAUCCGCCUGCAUGCCUUUCUCCUCUAGUACAGGUAUAUCAGUGCAAGGUCACACAAUGUAGUUUACAAUGUCCACUUCAUUCUAAAACACGACAGAGUCAUGAUAACAGAAUGUACCACGAAGUUGCACUGUAUGAACUAAACUAAAUUAACCUUUUAGUUCAAACUUUCAAGUUUCACAAAAAUGAAUUAAUUUAGUUUCUUGCAACUUAUUAUAGGGAAACACUUUUUAAUAAGUAAUACUUCGUGCCAGUGUCCAACCUUUAUAUGCCUCCUUGAGUAAGUUAUGAUUAUUAAUGACCUAACUAUUAAAUAAAGCUACUCUAAAUGUGGCUUCAUACUAAUGCAGUGACAGUCAAGAUACUACAGAUGAUGCUCACUGCUGCAUUCAGCUGCUUAAUUAACUUAACUUUAUUAACUUUAUAAAUGUAUAAAUGGAAAUCAAACCAUUAUGUUUAUGACAUAAUUCUAAGUACAGCUUCUUGAUAUAUAGAAGCACAGUAAACAAAAACCUGUGAUUAGUUGUCAUGGAAAUGUCAAAUUUCUAUUUUGUCCAGACUUAAAGGUUCCUUCUUGACCUUGAGGAGCAUUUGAAGCUUAGGUCCGACACAAUCUCUAAUCUCAUAUUAGCUCAGUUCCUAAUUAAUAAUUCAGAAAUGACAUAUACUUUAACCAAAUGAUUGCUUGAAAUAAAGUGAACACUGUCAGAAUAAUGGUUAGUGGUUUAAUCGCUGAAAGAUGUUAUACACCUGUUGGAUUUUUGCACACUUUCCUUUUGCUUUUAACUGAACACCAUGACCUUUGUGAGGGGCCUGACAAAGAACCAAACAGUUACAGCACCGUCCUUAGAGCCGGCAAGUUUAAAACACCCUGAAUUAAACUUUUUCUCGUAACAGAAGUGAGAGGUUAAUCGGAGACGGGUUAAGGAUGAACAAAGCAAAAGAAAAGAAAAAAGUCUGAUUCAAAUUACUUCACUCAUAAAAAGCCUUAGUUACUAAAACGAAGCGCGUGAAGACUUGGGGUUUUAUUCAACAUAAAAGUUUAAAAUGUGGUUCUGAAUAUGGUACUAAUGCUGUAUGGUCAUUUGUCAUAAUUCAGAUGAUGUUGGGGAAAUAAAUGAAGUUAUUAGAAGACAUUCAUUUACAGUUCGCCACCUAUUCACAGAUGGAUUUGCUGUAAUAAACACUGUAGCACACUACUGACUAUGGGCCCACAGGACACACAAGUUGAUGUGACACAUCAUGUGUGGAAACUCCCACAGUAGAGUCCUAUUGGUCUGAGGCUAAUGGGUCAGCGCUGUGUGACCCCAGAACUGAACCCUGAAGCUACAGGGUAUGGAAGUGCCUGAUGUUGAAUAUCUUAGUUGUUGAGGCUAAUGUCUCUCUUACACACACACACACACACACACACACACACACACACACACACACACAUACACAUUACAGUCCCUGCUUAUUUGGUUUCAUUAUGACUGAACGAUUAUACGCUCAGACUUGAAAUAUGACUUUAAAGAGAGGAAGAUUGUUUUUUAGUCAAUAUUUUUUCUACAUUGACCUGAAUGUGUAUUUAUUCCUUAAAGAUGUGUAUUUGUCAUGCAGGUGGUUGAAUAGUUUUUAUAAAGUUGUAAUAACUGCUGAGCUGAUGCCAUACAUAAAUGUACUGACAUGACCAAACAAGCAGCUUGGGUCUGACGUUGCUUGAUGUGGUCGCUUUCGCUGCUUUUUCGUCCACCACUGAAUUGUUGUGGCGUAAACCUGCACAUUACUUGCUAAAGUCUACAAAAUGUCAUUGUGUAUACAGCAUUUCUAUAGGAAUACUAAAAUAAAGGUGGCUUUCCUUUAAUAACUUUUUUAUCAAACUUGA